AUGCGAGCUUAUAAAGAGCUAUCAUAUUCCGUUAUGGAAAUUUUGCAAGUAUGUCGAGAAGAACGUUUCAUCGUUAUUUGUCAUAUUAUUUAACUGCGACCGCGAUUUUAGUUUGCGAAUCGUCGCAAAAAACUCCUAGACGUGCGUCUUGUCCCUCCUGUGGUCAGGAUUGCCCGGAAGCGUUGGCGUCGCCAUGGUACCCUCGUCAAGAAUUAGACCUGCAAGUUGGAAUCCUGCAAGAUUUUUCCGUCACACCGCUCCAAAACUCGCCUUACUUCCGUCUGGCACAAAGAGAAAUCUCUCAGAAUACAGCACACGACGACGUUCUUUCGGGCCAAAAUCCGAUGUUCCCUAGAAGACACAGAAGUUUCUCGCAACAAGGAUCCGCAAAGGACGGAUAUCCUCGUGUCGGUAGACUUCCGAUUAUGCAAUUCGUUGACAAAACAGAACAGCAAAAUUCAUUUCUCGGAAACUUCCCCAAUAAGUUCUCAGAAUUCUUAGGCAAGCAGACGACCUUGUCUCUGGAUAAACCUGCAAACAGUUAUCCUGUCGUCACUCGUGUCUCUCCGCCAAAGCAAGAUUUUCACGAACUGGAGCAAACGAGCUCGUUCUUCGGCAGUCUGCGCGAUAAAUACUCAAUGUCCUCGUCAGAGAUUGUUGAAGACUGUAAUACAGAGAACGAGCAGGGUCCUGCGAGAGAAUUCAACGUCGUUUAUCGCGCAAACAGGAAACCUUCAUGGGGAAACUCAAGGCACAUAUCUCCGAAUGAAAUUGUCCCGCGAAAAUUCUUCCCAAUAUUCCGCCAGGCAAGCAUCCUUGACGGUAACGACGAUGAUGAUGACGAUGGCGAUGACGAGCAAAGGAAUGCAAUCGAGAGACCAUCAAAUUCUAUCGGCGGACAGUACAACAAUCUUGCUUCCCCUCGAGAUAUAUAUCAUUCCGCAGGAGUUGGUGUAUCCAGAGACCAUUGUGAGCCUUAUGUUCUCUCUCCAGACUCAAGUGUUGAAACAUCGGCGAAAAAUGGCGAAGUCCUUGGCGAUUGCGAUCUUAUGAAGGAUUCUUCGGAAACCUCGAGCCUAAGACAGUCGAAAUCGAUUCACAAUCGAAAUUACUUCUUCAGGCCGUAUUCCAUGGAAGAAGAGGAAAUAGCUACUAUCAAGGACGACAAUGAGCAAAUGAAUUAUCUUUAUAACUCACUUCAGGAUUCAUACAUUUGGAGAUCUACAAAGGACGAAAGGGUUUCCCCCAAUAGCUGGAAUCUGGCAACAGGUAGUAACUUGCAAAAUCUUAUCGAAAUUAAUCGAGGUAAGGGAGCUGAGAGUAAUUGGCCACAAGUGUAUUCCGCAACAGAAGGAGAUAUCGGAUACUUCGAUGUCGAGGAAGACAAAGAUCGGGAAUAUUCCGAAAACGAGGCCGAAAAGGAUACUAUUGAGAUUGAAACGUCUGUUUGCAAACCUUACGCCCUUCCUUUGGAUAUGCAUAUUUGGAGGACAACACACACACACGAUAAAAAUGGAGAGCUCCCCGACAAGCGGGAUCUUAUGUAUCGCCUCGAAGAUUUGCAAGGAAUCCAAAAGACAGGACAAUCCAGAGUAUAUUCCGUGGAAGAAAAUAGCAAUAAAUAUUCUCAGGGCGAGAACAAAUUUAAGAUCCAGGACGAAACACGUAUCGGCACCGACAGAAUUAUUCGCGCUCCUGUAAUCGAUGUUACCCCUUGUACCUUUCCGCAAUCAUUCUUGAAUAUUUUAAACUCUUCGAAAUAUCCUACCGAGUCCACAGUCACGAUGGAUUUGUCGGAAAUGAAAAAUAACAUAUCGCGCGUGAAUUCUACGGAAAGGAGACACGAGAGAUUUUCCGAGGACGGUGAGCGUAAUCGGGAUCAGAUUUUCGUCAAAGAUAUGUACGAUGCAGAGAAAUAUAAGAGCCUUGCUCUCGACAGGGGACAAGAUGCAAAGGACAACACGCAGAACGAAACUUUGACAGAGCUCGAUCCUGAUCUAAUAGAUGAAGCCGAAAAUCCUCCAGUAGAGCCGACCAAACGGACGCCGAUAGAAUCCUUCGAUAAACAUUCCACGUCAAUCACGGCAAAGGAGAGCUCUUAAUUACACAGAAUAAAUCGCUCCUUAAUAAAAUUUGUUCGUUGUAAUGAAUGAGAGAGCGUUAGCAAGAUUGUGAUUGUAAAUACAUAAUUAUAUCUCUGAUCAUAUUUCUUAUGUUGACCAAAAAUAAAAGAAUCGUUUGAAAAAUUAUUCGUUUCGUUCGAUUUUAUAUGAGUAUGAAUAUGAGCAGUCAAUUAGCAGUUAAAUAUAAAUAAGUCAUAUAAGGAUUAAUGACAGUGAUAACGGCACACAUUGAUUAGUCGUUGUAAUGAUGCGCGCGACAUCACUAAAUAAAUAUUUCGAUCUACUAAUUUGCAACUGUUACGUCCUUUUACGUACCAACAUACCAAAUUGUCUUUUUUGUUAUUAGCAGCGUAAAAAAUAGAUAA